AUAGGAAGUCCGGUUAGAGAAUUCCCUGAUUGACAGCAAGCAGGAGGCGAGGCAAAGUACGGAGCCACGCCCUUUCGCUCUAGAUGUUGCAGGCGGAAGUGAAGUCACAUUGGCGCGCCGGCAGAGCAGGUCCAUGCAUUUGAAAAGAACCAGCAACCCUCAUGACGUCGUAUACUUCAGGAAUACAGAGAACUCUUCAGCUCUGCAACUCAUUUAUGAAAGAUUUUCCUAGAUUUUGCAGUCAUAAAAGAUUGAUAAGUUGUGCUACACAGCCCAGUUCUGGUCGGCGUGUUGUUAUAACAGGCAUUGGCAUAGUCUCACCUCUGGGUGUUGGAACACAGUUAGUAUGGGAUCGUCUCAUUCAAGGUACAAGUGGAAUUGGGGCUUUAGAAGGGGAAGAGUAUAGAACUAUACCUUGCAGAGUUGCUGCUCGUGUGCCUAGAGGUCACUCUGAGGGACAUUUUAAUGAGGAAUCCUAUGUUUCCCGGUCAGAAAUUAAAGCAAUGUCAUCUGCCACUAUUAUGGCUCUGGGAGCUGCAGAACAAGCAAUUGCUGAUUCAGGAUGGAAGCCAAUGACUGAAGAGGAUCAGGUUUCUACAGGUGUAGCAUUAGGCAUGGGAAUGGUUCCACUUGAUGAUAUUUCUGCUGCUGCCAUGUUGUUACAAUCAAAGGGAUACAGCAAAGUUAGCCCAUUUUUUGUCCCCAGGAUUCUUGUAAAUAUGGCUGCAGGUCACAUUAGUAUCAAGUACAAACUCAAAGGACCAAACCAUGCUGUAUCUACAGCUUGUACCACCGGAGCCCAUGCUGUUGGAGACUCUUAUCGAUUUAUUGCCUAUGGAGAUGCUGACGUCAUGGUAGCUGGGGGGACAGAAGCCUGUAUUGGGCCCUUGUCUUUAGCUGGAUUUGCUAGAGCCCGGGCACUCAGUACUAAUUAUAAUUUAACUCCAGAGCUGGCAUGCCGCCCUUUUCAUCCUGACCGAGAAGGCUUUGUAAUGGGAGAAGGGGCAGCCGUGCUUAUUUUAGAGGAGUACACACAUGCUUUGUCCAGGAAUGCCAGGAUUUAUGCAGAAAUUUUGGGAUACGGUUUGUCCGGGGAUGCUUGCCACAUAACUGCACCAAGUUCAGAUGGUGAUGGUGCUUUCAGGUGCAUGAAAGCAGCCAUUAAGGAUUCUAAUAUACAAGUCAAGGAUGUAACUUACAUCAAUGCUCAUGCUACAUCUACACCUCUUGGAGAUGCAGCUGAAAACAAGGCAAUUAAGAGACUCUUUGGGGACCAUGCAUAUUCUCUUGCAGUAUCUGCAACAAAAGGGGCAAGUGGGCAUUUGUUGGGUGCAGCGGGGUCUCUUGAAGCUGCAUUCACUGUGCUGGCUUGUUUUCAUGGAAUCUUGCCUCCAACUUUAAAUCUUGAUAGGACAGAGCCCGACUUUGACCUCAAUUAUGUUCCUCUUACAGCACAAGAGUGGAAACAUGGAAAUAGGAGAGUUGCUUUGAGCAAUUCCUUUGGCUUUGGUGGAACCAAUGCCUCACUUUGCUUUGCAAGUAUAUAAAUCUCAUAUUUGAAUAAUAAGUUGUAAGGAACUAGCCUACUAGACGAAAUAGCAAAACAAAGGUUUGCGUAUUUCCUCUUCAUUAAGCAUUUUUCACCAUAUAACAUUGCAUAUACAAUAUAAUUGUGGGGGCUCAUAAAUUUAGCAGAAAAUAUUCCCCCACUCCCCCCAUAUCUUCUACCUUUUUAACAUUGACAUGGAAAUUGUUCAAUAUGCCAUUAAAAUUCCAAUAUUUUUCAUCAUAGGCUCCCCCCAUUCAUAGAGGACCCCCUCAGUAUUAAUUUGGCAGUAUAAUAGAUAUUAAAUAGCCUUUCCUAUGCUGAUCCAUGCAUAUUUAUAACUGCAAUGAUUUAAUUAGAACAAAAAUAAUAUAUUUUAAACUUAAUAUACACAGAUUUUAUGGAAUUGAUAUACUUACUAACCUGCAGCUCAAGCUGCUUUAUAAAUAUCGGGCUGUACAAAAAAUACCUCUUGACAUUGCAUUCAGAAAUUCACAUAGCUAAUUAAUGCAAAAGUCAAAUAUAUCUCAAGGGAUAUUCAGAGUGUGGGAUUAAUUUCUAAACAUCCGAUAAAGAUAUGCUAGAUGAGAGAGAGAUGCAAGUCAAAAUAAACUUUAUAAAUAACCAAUGGGUUUGUCAGAGAUUUACCUGUUCACCAUUUUGCAGUACAUAUUCUGAUAAGUUUUUCUGUUCUAGAAUACUAGGGUUGUUCGUAUCACUAUUCUGCAAAACGUAACAUAUUUUACAUGUUAUUAUUCACAUUUAAACAUUUUAUGAAAGAAAAUGGCAACUUUAGAUUAUAUGUGAAGACCGCUAUAAAUGUGGCCCACUAUGGAAGAAAUUAAAAUGACGCUUUGUGGA